UCACUGGCAAAGGCUGAUUCACAUGAAAAGCAUAAGAAGCCAUUAGCAGCACAACCCAUUACCUCUCCGUAAGAAAACAAGUUAUUUAUUUCUACAUCAUGUGAAGCCUAGUGUGUGAGAGGCACGGGGCCCACGUGCUGGGAGAGCGUUGGAAUCAAGUGACCUGGAUUUCAUGCCUGCUGCCAAUAAUCGUCACAACCUUAGUGAAUCUGAGCCACGCUGAGCUGCCAUAUUCUCUGUGAAAGUGGUGGAGUCUGGCUUUCGGAAGGGCUGUGCUAAGACUAAGGAUGGGAUGGGAGUUCUCAUUUUAGAAGAAGACAAAGAGGAGAUAAGAGCCUAGAAGAAAGAGAGGGGCUGAUGGGAGAGAAGAGUGCUGAAGGGUUCCUCUGGUCCUGGUACCCCACCCAGCUCAGCAUCCUGUUUGCCGCCGUUGUCACAAAUAUGGACAUUGUUCUGUCUUAUGGAGGAGAAUGCAGAGUGCACAGAGGUUAAACCACCUUUUCAAGUUCACAUGGCUGGAAUGUAAUCGAGGAGGAUGCUGGCCCUGCGGCUGCUCAACGUGGUGGCCCCCGCCUACUUCCUUUGCAUUUCCCUGGUGACCUUCGUCCUGCAGCUCUUCCUCUUCCUGCCCAGCAUGCGUGAGGACCCCACAGCCACCCCGCUCUUCUCGCCUGCCGUGCUUCACGGGGCGUUCUUCCUGUUCCUCUCAGCCAAUGCCCUGGGCAAUUACGUCCUGGUCAUCCAGAACUCCCCAGACGAUCUGGGUACCUGCCGGGGAACCUCAUCCCAGCGAUCUCAGUGCCCACCACCCAGCACCCACUUCUGCCGAGUGUGCUCCCGAGUCACGCUGAGGCACGACCAUCACUGUUUCUUCACCGGCAACUGCAUCGGUAGCAGGAACAUGCGCAACUUCAUCCUGUUCUGCCUCUACACUUCACUGGCCUGUCUUUACUCCAUGGUGGCUGGCGUGGCCUACAUCUCAGCUGUCCUUUCCAUCUCCUUCGCCCAUCCCCUGGCCUUCCUCACGCUCCUGCCCACUUCAAUCAGCCAGUUCUUCUCCGGAGCUGUCCUCGGUUCUGACAUGUUCGUCAUCCUCAUGCUCUACCUCUGGUUUGCCGUCGGUCUGGCCUGCGCGGGUUUCUGCUGCCACCAGCUGCUGUUGAUUCUCCGGGGGCAGACCCGCUACCAGGUUCGAAAGGGGGUGGCAGUGAGAGCCCGGCCCUGGCGCAAGAACUUACAGGAGGUCUUCGGAAAGAGGUGGCUGCUGGGCUUGCUGGUCCCCAUGUUCAAUGUCGGGACUGAAAGCUCCAAGCAGCAGGACAAAUAGCUGGCAAGUACGCCUGCCCUCUCUCUGUGUCUCAGUUCCUCCUGAACGUAAGACCACCGCACCCCGUCUCCACCUGUGACAGACACAGCACACCCUCCCCUAGGAAGGGCCUCAUGUCCACCCCAGGUCGUCAGCCCUCAGAGGAUUUAUAAACAGGUGCAUUCUGACAUGGAGGGAAAGUGGCCACCUGGGUACCGCUAGGCUGCUCACAGGCCAGCCAGGUAGGUAGCUGCUAACCUGUUAGGGUGUUUCUGCUUCACGUUGUCUCCUGAGAAGCCCUUCCCCCACUCUCUGCCUGGCCCAUCCACUCUCAUGUCUCAGGUCAUCACCGCUUCCGCUAAAGCCCUUCUCCUCAUGUUGAUAGUGGAGACUACAUUCUUGCUGCGGGUGGGAGACUCCACAGGCCCUGGAGGCUGGUAAAUGGUACGGUUAACAACAUGAACAGCAGUCCAGUAAGCUUUGUCAACUGCUAGUGAAGAUGGGAAGGAGUGGGGAUGCACACUCAUCCCCCUAUAAGGGAUCAGCAGCAGCGUGUGUGUGUGUGUGUCGGGGAGACCACACACACUUGCUGCUCAACCCAUGUACAAGGCUUUUUGCCUAGAAAUAGCAAUCAAUGGCCUAGCAUUUUUUAAUGCUGUUCCCUGCCCAGACUGCCCCAGCUGGCCACCCCAGCCCAGCCAGCCCGGGAGUUAGCUGGAUACUUCUUUUCCCUAGAAUUCCUCGUUUGGUCUCUAGCCUCAGAUUUUUGCUAGAUAUUGGGCAGGGGAGGAGAGAGAAAGGGGAGUUACCCAUAAGUAAUAAGGGAAGUGUGUUUCUAUAUAGCCUUAUAUAAGCAUAUAUAAAUGCGUGUGUGUGUGUGUGUGUGUGUGUGUGUGUGUGUGUGUGUGUAAGGGGUGUGGAGGUGAGAAGUGUUGUUAUGAGCACAGAGGAAGAGUGAGUAUUGGAGGGGAAGGAUGGAAGGGCAAAUGGGUUGACUCUCUUGCAACCAAAGCCAUCUGGUGUUUGAGUAUUACCUGGAGUAUUCAAACUGACCAUCGGCAGUAUUGUAACAGGAUCUGGGCAGUUAUCUCCCAGGAGUACUGUGAAAGAGAUUUUUGAUCUAGUCCUAGAUGAACUUAGAGAUCCCUUUACAGUCCUGAUUCUAAUGUCCUCUUUGCCACUUCUGGGUCCAUGGGCAAGGUCUUUAGAGACCCCUGGGGUUUACCUGCUGUCAUAGGGCAGGGGGUGGGGUGAGCAUGGGAAGACUCUAAAAAUCAGAACACAGACUUUCUGCAGCCAAUCUGGAGACUUCCUGAUGUCAGCAGUGGCAGAGAGGGGCUGGCACUGGAGGACGGGGAGGUGUAACAGUGUUAGGGUCAGGUGGGGGUAGUUGUAGAGAGGAAAGCCUGAAGGUCAUGCUCAGUCCUGAGGGGUGGGUGGGGGUGACAGAAUAUGAGGAUGCCAUUGCCAGUCCAUUGCUGCCGGUCUGACCAGCUCUAGAUGGGGGCACUGCCUUGUAUUCUGAGACCCAGAGGAUCAGACAGACCCAUGGGCAUAUGAAGGAGUGGGAGCCACAUAAAAACCCUCUCCCGACUUGGUCCCAAGGCCAAUCUAACAUCCAUACAGGCAGAGGCUGAAGGCCACACCCUGCAGUAUCCAGUGGGUAGCCACAGCGACCCUAACCAUUGCUCCAUAAGACCCUGAAUUCUUCAACAUAGCCUGGGACGAUUUUAUGCAGGCCCUACUUUGGCGCCCCCCCCCCCACACACACAGAGGGCCAAUGUAGUAAUGGCUUUCCUGCUCACACCUCUCCCUCCAGUAUUCAUUAUUUGGGGGCCUCCCCUUUGUUCAGCCUCCAUCCGUUCAUCCUGCCUAUAUUUAUCAAGCACCAACAGUGGGCUGAGUCUCAGUCACUAGCAAUCCAGAUGCCCAUCAAGGGCAGCUAAUCCUACAAUUACACUCUAUGACCUUGGCAGUCUUUGAAGUGCGGCCCCUUGGAGGGAAAAUAUGUGCUAGGGUUGAAGGGAAGCCCAGGCGUCCUCAGUGGAGGAGCCGUGAGAGGUAUCUUCACUCACAAUUCUGGUCACCCCUUAGCAGCAUGAGGAAAUAAGGGGUGGGAGAGGUCUGGACAGUUCGGGACUUGGAGCUCUCUUGGCCCUAGAGUUCAAACUUGAAAGCCAGCCCUGCACUGUCCAGGCUCAGCACCAUGGAGCCUGACAUCCCAGAAGGGAAAAGGGAAAACUUCAGGUGUCCAGCUCCUUAAACACUAGUCCCUGAGGGGUAGCUGUGGGGAUCUGCCAGGUGUGGUACGUGAGUAGCCUUUGUGCCCAUGGCCUCUGUUGUUAAUGAAGACUAUCAAUAAAAUAUGUGGUUUUCAACUGUA